UCGACGCAUUUUUCCGGUUGUUUCCGCGUUUCCACGGUGAGGGUUUACGUACCGGCGACGAGCUGCGCUGAGAAAUGAACGCAAUGACAUAAACGAGCCCCAGGAACUAACCAAGUCAAACACAAAACCUGCCACUUUGAGCAAUUCAAGAUGGUUUUAGAAACUAUUUCAAGGAUAAUUAAAGUCCAGCUUCCAGCCUACCUCAAGAGGCUUCCGCUUCCGGAGACCAUCGGCGGGUUCGCAAGGUUAACAGUGUCCGAGUGGCUCCGGUUGCUGCCUCUCCUGGGUAUCCUGGCCUUGCUGGGCUAUCUGACCAUUCGCCCAUUCCUGCCUAAGAAGAAGAAGCAGAGAGACUGCCUGAUCAACCUGAAGAUCCAGAAGGAGAACCCCAAGGUGGUGAACGAGAUAGACAUCGAGGACCUGAACAGCGCAAACGUGUGUUACUGUCGCUGCUGGCGCUCCAAAACUUUUCCUGUUUGUGACAAGUCACACUUAAAGCACAACGAGCUAACUGGAGACAACGUGGGACCGCUCAUACUCAAAAAGAAGAUACUAUAAUCGGCCACUGGCCUCUCACCUCCUCAGUCUUUAUUUUUCAUUUCUUUACAGUAUGUUCUCUAUUCUUUUUUUAUUUUAUUCACAGAGUCUUGGUGUCAUGUUAGUGUUGCUCAGAGACGUGGAUGACCAGAGUCUUUAUUUGAAGUGAAAAUGCUAAAUUCCAGUCUGGUUGUGUGAGAACUGUGUUUUAGGUCAUGCAGUUUCUGUUUUUUUAUGGGCUUUUGUUCGUCGUUUACUUCUGCAGGUUCACAGAGCAGCCUUUUUAUGUGACUGUAAGUCCAGUUUUGGUUUGUCGCAGUCAGUUACAGAUCAUUGGGACCACUUUGAGAGGAGAGCUUGAAACAUAAAUGCAGUGACUUUAUGAUGACUUUUAAUGAUCUGAAUCCAUCAAGGUCAAAGUUUUUCCCAGUUUAAUGGUUGUUUAAAUGAAAUACUUAACACAAGUCCAACCUACAAUAAACAUUUUGUACUGUAUGUUUUCAUUUUGGAUGAUAUUUGGGAUGAUUUAACAGCCUGCUUCUUGUCUGUGUGCCAAAUAUCAACAUACUGGUCGCUCUGAGGAUGUGAUAUACUCUCUUAUAAGUUAUUGUGUGUAUGGGAGACUACUUAUUAUUCUUCAAGUGUAUUUUGUUCAUAGCCUUAACACAUUUAACAUUUUGUACCGAACUCUGUUGCCUAACAACAUUUCAGACCACUGCAGCGUUGAGUAAUAUCCACCUAUACAGUUUUAACCUCACUGCCAUGUUGAGGUUUUAUUAACUUCUGCAACAUAAGAAUUUUGCUCUGUACUUUUUUCUAUUGUAGCUUUCUUCAUUGUCACAAUGGCUGUAUAUAGUUGACCUCCUGCUGGAAUAUUUCUUCUUUAUUCAUCAGCAAUAUUUUUUACAUAACCUCCGUGUAUUGUCAGAUCUGUACUUCCACAGUGAUGAUGCCUGUGAAUGACUGUCUAUGAACCUUUGUACGAUGAUGGCUGGAAUCUGUUCUCUGUGUUUGAUUUGUAAAAUGUAAAAAAUAAUAGUCAGGAUGUUAAACUCAACAGUUUUUGGCAAACAGAA